CGAAACUUGUUUUUACAAGCGUCGCGGUAUUUGUGCAAACAGUGAAAUGGCGGAAGCAAGUAUUUCAUGGGUUCAGGAUCAGUUCAGCUGUUCAAUAUGUCUGGAUCUACUGAAGGAUCCAGUGACUAUUAACUGUGGACACAGCUACUGCAUAAGUUGUAUCACAAACUACUGGAAUCAGGAUGAUCAGAAGAGAGUUUAUAGCUGCCCUCAGUGCAGAAAGACCUUCACUCCAAGACCCGCUUUGGGGAAGAAUGUGAUUCUUGCUGAGAUGGUGGAGAAGCUGAAGAAAACAAAACUUCACAUUGGUCGAGCAGCUUCAAGUUAUGCUGGACCCGGGGAUGUGGAGUGCGACGUCUGUACUGAGAGAAAACACAUUGCUGUCAAGUCAUGUCUGGUGUGUCUUGAAUCUUACUGUGAAACUCAUUUGAAACAACAUGAAGCUUUUCGCACAGAAAGGCAACACAAAGUAACUGAACCCACUGGACGACUUCAGAUGAUCUGCUCGCAGCAUGACAGAUUGCUGGAGGUUUUCUGUCGCACCGAUCAGAAAUGUAUUUGUUUGCUGUGUACGAUGGAUGAGCAUAAAAACCACGACACUGUAUCAGCUGCAGCAGAGAGAACAGAGAAACAGAGACUAUUGGAGGACAAUCAGAGAAAGCACCAGCAGAGGAUCGAGGAGAAAGAGAAGGAGCUUCAGGAUCUCAGAGAGGCUGUGAAGACACACAAGUGCUCUGCACAGACAGCCGUGGAGGACACUGAGAGGAUCUUAACUGAACUGAUCCGCUCCAUUGAGAGAAGACGCUCUGAGGUGAUACAGCUGAUCAGAGAUCAGGAAAAGACUGCAGUGAGUCGAGCUGAAGGACUCUUGAAGGAACUGGAGCAGGAGAUUGAAGAUCUGAGGAGGAGACAUGAUGAGAUGGAGCAACAGUUGCGAACAAAAGAUCAAAUCCGUUUUCUCCAGACAUUCAAGUCCCUCUCUGCCUCACCUGGAUCUACAGACAAAAUAAUCUUCAGUUCUCUCCUUUCUUUUGAUGAUGUGGGGAAAUCGGUCACUGAAUUGAAAGAAAAGCUGGAUGAUUUCUGUAAAGAAGAGAUUGAAAAGAUAUCUGGCAAAGUUUCAUACGUUGAAAUUGUUCCCAUCAAUGAACCCAAGACCAGAUCGGAGCUCCUACAAUAUUUCCAUCGGUUCUCUCUGGAUCCAAAUACAGUACAUGAGAAAAUCUGUCUGUCUGCGGAGGACAGUGUGGCUACCUGCAUAAGAACAGUCCAGCAGUAUCCUGAUCAUCCAGACAGAUUUAAUCACAUUGAGCAGGUGUUGUGUAGAGAGAGUGUGUGCGGACGUUGUUACUGGGAGAUUGAGUGGAGUGGAGAUUCGGUGGAUAUAGCAGUGUCAUAUAAGAGCAUCAGAAGGAAGGGAGAUGAAGAUGAGGGUGAUGGCGAAGAAGAUGAGUCUGCAUUUGGAGGUAAUGAUCAGUCCUGGAGUUUGGAGUGUUCUCCCUCUGAAUGUUCAUUCUGGCACAAUAACAUGGAGACUAAACUCCCAGCAGUGUCCAGAUCUUCUAGAAUAGGAGUGUAUGUGGAUCACAGUGCAGGAAUUCUGUCCUUCUACAGCAUUUCUGACACAAUGACCCUCAUCCACAGAGUCCACACCACAUUCACUAAACCUCUCUAUCCUGGAUUUUGUUUAGAUGAGACCUCAACAGUGAAACGGCAUGAUUUAACUAAAUGAAAGCUAGACACUAAGAUAUUAAUUUAUCUAAACCACUUGUUUUACAAGUUAUCAAACAAAAAUAAACUAAAGCUGUCAAUGUUAAAUCAUCUUAGAAUCAUCGUCAUCGUCAUGUUCUUGUGAUUUAUUUCAUGAUGAAUAUUGUCUGUAUGAGAAGCAAUGUUAGGAACGAUUAUACACAAUACAGUACAAAUACUGUAAUAUUACAUGUACUUUUUAUUACAUCAUUUGACUAAUUAUCGAAUAAGUUGUAGAUAUUCUUUUUUGUUAUAACCAAGCAUUUGAUUACACGUUUUACUGUAAGCCUUGUCUUAGUUUUUUUUCCAAGAAAAUCUUUGCAUUUGUGUGAAUUUCUGUAUGAUUCAUAAUAAAAAAUGUAUCUCAGUCACAGUGGUUAUCAGGGGCACCUUUUCUGAGGGCCAUGCAAGAUCAGUAUUGGCGCCACCCCAAUAUAGAAAACACUCAACAAAUA